AUGACCGAGUGCUUCUUGCCCCCCAGCAGUAGCCCCGCUGAGCAGCGCAGGGCUGAGCACCCAGGGGGCGUGGCCCGCACCCCCAGCUCUGAGGAGAUCAGCCCCACCAAAUUCCCCGGGUUGUACCGCACCGGCGAACCAUCACCACCUCAUGAUGGCCAUCAUCACGAGGCGCCUGAUGCCUACGUCUCAGAUGAUGACAAAGAGCACAGCAAGAAGAAGAACAAGUUCAAGAAGAAGGAGAAAAGGACGGAAGGCUACGCUGCCUUCCAGGAGGACAGUUCCGCAGACGAAGCAGAGAGCCCGUCCAAGAUGAAGCGCUCCAAAGGAAUCCAUGUUUUCAAGAAGCCAAGCUUCUCCAAGAAAAAGGAAAAGGACUUCAAGGUGAAGGAGAAGGGCCCCAAGGAGGACAAGGCCAAGGAUAAGAAAUCUAAGGACCUCACGGCUGCAGACGUGGUGAAACAGUGGAAGGAGAAGAAGAAGAAGAAGAAACCAACAACAGAGGCAGAGCCAGUCCCAGUGGAGACCCCCACCUUCAGGCCAGUCUUUGGAGCUCCCCUGGUUGAAGCUGUGAAGAGGACAGCUCUGUAUGAUGGCAUUCAGCUGCCAGCCAUCUUCAGAGAGUGUAUAGACUACAUAGAAAAUUAUGGCAUGAAGUGUGAGGGCAUCUACCGCGUCUCAGGUAUGAAGUCCAAGGUGGAUGAACUGAAAGCAGCAUAUGACCGUGAGGAAUGCCCCUGCCUGGAGGAAUAUGACCCCCACACGGUUGCCAGUCUUCUGAAGCAGUACCUCCGCGAGCUGCCAGAGAACCUGCUGGGCCGAGAUCUGGCCCAGCGCUUCGAGGACGCCUGCGGUCGGCAGGUGGAGGCCGAGAAGGUGAUGGAGUUCCACAGGUUGUUGUCCGAGGUGUCGCCGGAGAGCCGACUUCUUCUCUCCUGGCUCAUCACACACAUGGACCACGUCAUCGCCAGGGAAGCCGACACCAAGAUGAAUAUUCAGAAUAUCUCCAUCGUCCUGAACCCAACCAUACAGAUUGGAAACCGUGUUCUUUACAUGUUCUUCACACAUGUGAGGGAGCUGUUUGGAGACGUAGUGCUGAAGCCGGUGGUGCGACCGCUCCGCUGGUCCAACAUGGCAACAAUGCCGGCGCUGCCUGAGACCCAGGAGAGCAUCAAAGAGGAGAUCCGACGACAGGAGUUCCUGUUGAACUGCCUACACAGGGACCUGCAGGCAGGGGUGAAGGACUUGUCCAAAGAGGAGCGACUGUGGGAGGUUCAGCGAAUCCUGACGGCUCUUAAACGUAAACUGAGGGAGGCCAAACGUCAGGAGUGUGAGAGUAAAAUAGCCCAGGAGAUAGCAAGCCUGUCAAAGGAAGAUGUUUCAAAGGAGGAAAUGACUGAGAAUGAGGAGGAAGUUAUCAACCUCCUCUUGACACAGGAAAAUGAGAUUCUGACAGAGCAGGAGGAGCUGAUAUCUCUCGAGCAGGUGCUUCGUAGACAGAUAGCUACUGAGAAAGAAGAAAUCGAGAGACUGCGAGCAGAGAUUGCAGACAUACAGAGUCGGCAGCAGGGUCGCAGUGAGACAGAGGAAUAUUCGUCAGACAGUGAAAGUGAGAGUGAAGAUGAGGAAGAGCUGCAGAUGAUUUUGGAAGAUCUCCAGAAGCAGAAUGAGGAACUGGAGAACAAAAACACCCACCUGAACCAGGCCAUCCAUGAGGAGCAGGAAGCCAUCUUGGAGCUCCGCGUCCAGCUUCGCCUCCUGCAGAGCCACAAACUGCAGCAGGAACUGACUGUCCAGCCGCCGGCCGAGCAGGCGCCGCCAACGCAGCCGAGCCCGGAGGCUCGCAGCGAGGAGCAAACCAAACGCUCCGUCGCGGCGCCAGCCGCAGGCGCCGACACGGCUGCCUCGGCCAAUGGAAAGGCAGCUAAGGAUCCAUCGAAGCCCUCGCCGAGCAAAGACAGGAGAGACACCAACAUGUGAGAGCAGUGGUGUUGCACGUUGCAGCUGACCAGUGGUUGAAAACAUGAACGGCAGACAAAUUCGCAGAAAAAGUACAUUCAUCACUGCAAAACGUAGACAAGCACCCUGAGGCAACAUUGUGUGAAACAACACUGUUCUCUGUAGUGCAAUCAUCUUUUCUGUUAUCUCUGCCUCUCUUGCACAAACAAGGAAACAUGGGAAAUGUUAUGAUGGCAUAACAAAUCUGUAGUGAUGAUUUUUUUUUUUUUUGUCUCCAGAAUGUGUGCAGAGACACGCAGGAGGCCUACUUAGUUUUGUUGUGUAUUUGAUCGUGUUUUUUAACUCUUGAUGUGUGGAGUUAUUCGUGGCAUAAGUUGGCAGUGGGUGAACACAACAUUAGUCAAUCAUUUCAUUUCACAAUUGAUCCAUGACUGUUGCAAAGUACCAUCAAUAGCAUGGCCUGACUUACUUACUGUAUAUGUAUAUUAUUGUAAAAUUGCAAACAUACUGUAUUUUCAGCUCUUACGUAUUGUCAUAUGUUUUUUGUUGUUUCUUUGUUUUGUUUUUUUAAAUUAAUGACCCGUACGAAGUAUGCUAGUGUGACUGCAUCUGCUUUGGUCACGGGCAAAUCAAAGCAGUGUCAUCUGGACUCAUGAUUCACCUUGUUUAUUAAUCCUGUGACUGAAACAGAUAAAUGCUAGAAUGGGCUGAGAAGCAUCUCACAAGGUUAUCUUCACAUUGUUCCAAGCUUUUGUAGCUUAUUGUUGCAGACAGCAUAAUGCUGUGAAGAAUAAAGUGUCAAUCCGUGUAAUUUA